AUGGCACGCGGUAUCGCGACGGAUCCGCUCGGGCGCAGACGCGCGACGGCCGCGGGGCGGUCGUCGUCAUCGCCGUCGCCGUCGCCGUUGCCGUCGCCGUCGCCGUCGCCGUCGAGAAACCGGCUGCACCGGAACGCUCGACGCUCGUCCGCGGCGCACUCGUGCGCCGACCGCGACCGCGAACGCGGUACGUCCGGGAUCCUCUCCUCUCUUUCGUUCCGGAGUGCUUCCGGAAAAACGCACGCAGCUUCCGCACGCGUUAUUGGAGGGUUUCUCACCCUCGUUUCGGUGUGCCCCGGGUGUGUCCAGGAGGUGCCGACGAGGAUCGCGGCUGAAACAAUCACGCGGCGAGACUCGGUCGACCUCGACAUCGGACGCGGGAAAUAUAUUCAGUGUUGUAGUCGUGUCGACGCGGCCGAAAUUCGUUCGAUGCUGGAGAAGACAUAUCGGGAUCAGUAGUCGUUGACGUUCACGUCGUAAGACUCGAUGUGCUACGAGCAAAUGUCACGCAUUGUCGUCUCAGGGAUCAUCGACGGUGCCUGCAAUUAUCCCGCACGUUAGCGCGACCCGUUAAUUAAGCCGCUCGAAUCAGCAGCGGCAGGCCGCUGCUAAUUAACGCCGGUGUUCAUCCCGCCACCCCCAACCUGACCGAAGGACAUCGCCUGGAUCAGCGACUGACGGAUUAA